AUGUUUGCCAAUUUGUUGCGCUUGUAUCAGCUGCCGCGCCUUGUGCUGCAGGCGUUGCCAAGCCGCGCUUUGUGCGCCUCGGAGCCGCGUUUCAAGCUGGAUGCUUGCAAUAUCUACGAGAAGCUUAAAUUUGAGUUCGAUGAGGAGAACAAAAAACAGGCAGAAUUUUUGAUGUGCUCCUACCCGGAGGCGGAGAGGCGUGCAGCUCUGCUGCCCCUGCUCGACUUGGCUCAGCGGCAACAUGGCUGGCUGCCCAUCACUGCAAUACAGACCGUGGCCGAGAUGCUCAAGCUGGAGCCGUUUAUCGUGUGGGAGGUAGCCAAUUUCUAUACCAUGUUCAAUCUGCGUCCCACUGGCAAGUUAAGCUUGAAGAUUUGCCUGACUACGCCCUGUCGACUGCGUGGCUGUGAGGAGAUAAUGCUCACCUGUGAGAACAUGUUGAAACUAAAGGACGACGAGACUUCGGAUGACAUGCAGUUCUCCUUGAACGCUUCCUCAGGCAUGGGUGCCUGUGUUAAUGAGCCCGUAAUAGCUGUCAAUGAUGAUCUCUAUGAGGAUCUGGAUGUGCUUGAGACAGAGAAGCUAUUGUCUGAGUUGAAGUUGGGCAAAAUGCCGCCAGCAAGUCAGUGCCGGGAUCGUUUUGCCAGUGAGCCUAGAUCCGGGCUGACUAGUUUGUUAAUGGAACCAACGCCCGCGGGCUAUGGCAUGCAGGAGUUGUAUUCUAAAUUGAAGCCAUGUUAA